AUGGUGUACUAUUCGUUGACGGAGGUUCCUCGCAACCUCAAGGAGGCUGUUGACUGGUUGAUCGCCCUGAAGGGAACUGAUGCUGAAAACAACUUGAAGGCUAUGGGCGUCGCACUUUACGACUUCCUUGGAAACAAGCCCGUUGGAAAGAUGGAAUUGCGCGGUCUUGAGAGGGUUAAGACUAUUUCUAAGGUCUUCUUCGACCGCGAGGAGCUUAAGGACAUGCCUUACAUUAAGGAGAUGAGGCAGAGGUUCGAGCAACCUAUGAACAAAUCCAGCUUGAUCGCCAAAUGGUUUUUGUCCGUCGCCGAGAGCGAUUAUGACAACGUCAUAAAAUCUAAGGGUUUGGAUGCUGGGGACAUCUCGGAGGAAUUGGGUGGUUUCGUGGAUGCCGCUGAGCAAUUCUUGGAUGGUGUCAAACCCGAAGGCACAUACGAAUCCGCCUACCACCCGAAUGCGACAUGGGAGACAUCGUGCACUAAAAGCCCGGAAGCUUGCGCACGUGUCUUGGUGGGUAUCGCGCCGAUGUUGUACGCUGGUUUGCGCCUUUUGGGUCACGCCGGCGUGGAUGCCACUCUCGGAGGUCCACGCUCUGCGGCCGGUAAGGAGCUGGGAAAUCUAAUGUCGUCGCUGGGUUACACGGAUCGGCAGAGGCGCCCUGAGAUGACGGGUUCGGAAGUCCGCGCUGCGUUGAGCGGCAUGGAUCAGGACGUGUUGGGUGUCAUCUACGACCUGGCCGGUUUUUGGGCUUUCUAUUGA